GAUAACAUGGCUUGCUACACUCUCUGUUUUCACAAUCAUCAUCAUCUUGGCACUGCAGAAAGUUCCAGAUUUUCUUGGAUACAAAGCCAUCCUACAUCAGCUGAAAUUUCUUCCCUCCUGUUGGACUCUGAUGAUUCUUUUGUUUGUAUCCUUGACCAGAUACAUCAAACCCGCUAUAUCUGCCAAAUCCAUCAAUUCCUGGAUGAUAUUGAUGGGUUUGGCUUUUAACUACAUUCUUAGAACUUUAUUUGUUGGCUUUUUGAAUUAUACGCAGUUGAAUUUUUUGAAGUGUCAAUAUCCCAGUUAUAUCUUUGUGUUGUCAAAGCUUUCCGUGCUGGUGUUAUUUGCCAUCUCUCUAAUGAACUUGCUUGCCACCAUUUUAGAACUUACUGUUCAAGUUCAUAAGGUGCAUCGAUCUAUGGGAGAACAACACUCGGAAUAUUUUGAAAUGAUAAAUGAUCUUCUGCGUGACUUUGGUACAACCACUUUUAGAUUCAAAAUGACGAGUUUCUUUUGGCAGAAACUUUUCAUUGAUGAUAAGAAUAUUCUCUCUAACCAAGCACCUUUGCAGUGA